UGGAUCUGAUUGGGCGGGUGUCGUCAACGGAAGCCAAUAGGAGAAGAGAGCGCCGCCAGCUGCUAAGAAUGGAGUCGCAACCUCUGGGUUGGGGGUUCGAUGUAGACGAGACCCUAGUAGCGCCGCUGUUGGAACUGGGGAUCCCGGAGGCUGAAGCGCGGCGGGCUCUGGCUCUCACCGGUGGUCGAUCCGCUGAAGCAGCCGCGCAGCUUUAUUUCGGUAGCGGCCUCGAUUCCCAGGAAGAAGAUGAAGCCCAAGACAGCUGUUACUUCAAGAUGGUCUUUGUGGUGAACAUGGAGCUCUCCAUGGGAACCGGAAAGAUAGCUGCUCAGGUGGGGCAUGCAGCCAUUGGCCUUUUCCAGCUGAUGCAGGAGAAGUCUACUCACAAGGACAUUCUUAGCCAAUGGGAGGAGCAUGGUGCAAAAAAAGUGGUGCUUCAGGGAUCCAACACUGACCAGUUGCUAGAGCUGCACGCCUUGGCUUUGAGCCUGGAACUGCCAACGUACUUAGUGCAAGAUGCAGGGAGGACUCAGAUUCCGGCUGGGUCCCAUACAGUUCUUGCCAUUAUGGGAGAAGAAGAGAUGGUGAAUCAGGUGACUGGGAAGCUAAAGCUGCUCAACUGAGCGACGCUUCACAGCCUGGGUCUGUCGGCUGUGCCUGGAAUUGGUGGGCUGCCCUUCUGACUGCUCCACUCGCGGGGAGGGAAAAGGAGGCGCCUGCUGACAGCAACUGGAGAUCCAUCUGCCCAGCAUGGCAAAUAAAAGGGGGUCGCUCUCCUUUCCUAAAUCCGUGUCCUUGGCGGUAAAGGGGAGGCCUGCAGUUGGAUUAGAGGACGCUCCCGAGCGUCUCUCUGAGAUGGAGUUUGUAUUUGCUGCAUUAUUUACAAGCCACGUAAAAUGUUGUACAGAUGUUGCCUCAGCUUUCCUUUUGCACUAUGAGAGAACCGUGGAGUUGCCAGGAACUCCUUGCAGCAGAAGGCUGUUUAAGGCCCAGAGUAUCCCUAACUGUUGUCUGUCUUGCCCUUGGGGCUUUUUAAGGAAAGGAAGGAAAGGUGCCACAGCUUUUGUAGACUACUUAUUCCAUUGCUUGUGGAGUAGGAAAAACAAUAGGAAAUCCUGCCUGUCCCCACCCCCGGUUCUACGUUUCCCUUUGCAUCUUGCGCUGUCUUUAGUCCCCAGCGGUAAACCCUUUCCCCUCUUUCUGACAUCUUUUGGGUUCUCCUUUUUGAAGGCCUUGGAAAAUAAUAAUUUAUGCUCGAGGAUAGACGAGCGUUUGCUCCAUGUAACCCUGUUUCUACCCAGUGGGAGAAGGAUGAGCUGUGUGGUGGGGGAAUUGCUGUGCUGGGCAAGGCAAAGAAUGGGUUAAGUGAAUUUGGGGGUGAGGCAGGGUUUGGAG